AUUCCAGUUUUCGUUUCAAGAGUGUCACUUUUUAUAGUUUUCUUUCAUUAAAAUUUUGGUAGCAAUAUUUUCUCAAUGAGAAAUAGGAUCAAAAUAAUUUUUCAAGCAAUUUUUUAAAAUUCAUAACUAAGUGGCGAUACAGCUGAAAGAAUGAUUCAGGUUGGAAUCCUUCUUCUGACUUGCACUGGAGCUUUGGCUCAAGUUCCUGGUUUUGGAUCUUGUCCAAAAGUGGAUGUGGUGCAAAAUUUUGAUGUGUCAAAGUAUUUAGGUGUUUGGUACGAAGUCCAAAAAUAUUUUGCAGUUUUUGAAUUUGGUGGAAAAUGCAUAACUGCAAACUACACACAAAAGUCAGAUGGUUCAGUAAAUGUUCUCAACAGGCAAAUUAACGUUUUAACUGGAAAACCAUCAACAAUUGAAGGCAGUGCAAAAUUGGCUGGCAGUACGAAUGAAGGAAAACUGUCUGUCGUUUUUCCAUCCGUUCCAGGACAAAUUCCUGCCCCAUAUUGGAUUUUGGAUACCGAUUAUGAAAACUAUGCCGUCGUCUUUUCCUGUACUGAUGUAACCCUCUUCCAUGCCAAAAUUAUUUGGAUUUUGACAAGAAAACAGGAUCCAUCAAAAGAAGUACUCGAGAAGGCUUAUUCAGUUCUUGACAAGAACCAAUUGAGCAGAUCUCCAUUGAUGAAAACGAUUCAGAAAAAUUGUACAAGUGCCCAUUGAAAUCAGGAAGAAAUUUGUUAAAUUUUCACUGUUACAAAAUUUCUACCAAUAAAAAAUAAUUUAAAA